GAGAGAGAGAGAGAGAGAGAGAGAGAGAGAGAGAGAGAGAGAGAGAGAGAGAGAGAGAGAGAGAGAGAGAGAGAGAGAGAGAUGUCGUCAUCCGUGGGUGUGGCAACAUCGGGGGAGACGUCUCCUCUGACAGUGGAUACGAAUGGUGGAGAUUCGUCGGCAAGCAGCUUUGAUGUCGGGAUGCUGAUUCAGCAGCAGGCCCUCCACAAGGUUCACGUGGCCACACUGGAGUCGCAGUUGUCUCGAGCGAUGCAAGAGCGAAAGGCGGCCGAGGCUGCGCAUGCUGUCAGCAUUCAGAGGUUGGAAGAUGAGAUCCGACGGUUGGAGCAUCAAGCCGAGGAAGAGAUCGCCGAGCUGAGCCGCCGCCAGGAGGAGGUUGAGAAGCAAGGCCUUGCAGCUCGCGAUCAGCUUCGUCUUGUUAAGACCGAGCUGACGUCAACCCCUUUCACCAUAUCCGAGAAGCAGUACGAAGAUCUGCUGGCGAUGGCGGAAGAUCAACGGUCUCUGCGCGAGCAGGUCAUGGUGGUCGUCUUUGAGAGAACCAACAAGCUGAAGCUGGACUGCCAGCAGCUCUCCGACGCUCGGGAAUCGGCUGUGGAGGAGUUGGGCAAAGCUGCAGCGGAGCUGCAGCGCGUUCGAAGAGAGUUGCAGAGAAAGGAAGGCAUGCACGAGCUGGAGCGGAGAGAAGCCGAACAGGACUUGUUGGCUAUGGCAGCCCGAGGAGAAAGAUUGGAGAAGGAGCUGAACGAUUGCAUGGUGCAGGUGGAAGUCCUGAGUGCCAAAGGCGCGCUCUUCGACGAGAUGAAGGAGAAAGCGGACACCUUGCAGUCGGAGAAGAACUCCAUAGCCAGCGAGAAAGCGGCUAUGGCGGCAACCGUCCAGGCGAUCACCGAAGAACGGGACCAGGCGUUGUUAUCGCUCAAGGAGAGGGAGCAUACGAUCGAGCUGCUGAACUUGGACAAAACUUACCUCCAGAGCGAGAUUCAGAAUCAGUCCGAGCAGGCAAGGAAGCUAGAGGAGGAGGGAGAGAGAGUGAGAGAGAAGCUGCGCGAGCUCAAGAAAAGUAAACAGGAGUUGAUGGAUAAGCUCCUCCUCGGGGAGAAGCAAGACGGUCACUCUGUGCGAGAACAGAGGCUUCUGGCCGACAUAGCCAGACUGGAGGGGAGGGCGAAGAAAGACUUGGAAGCGGUCCGCAAAGAGAGCACGCAAUUGGCAGAGAGAGAGAUUCAAACGCUCAAGGAGCUGCACUCUAUGGCUGUUCUCGACGUAGAGCGCUUGCAGAUGGAAUUGAGGGAAGCGAAGACGUCGUACGAUCAGAUGUUUCUGAAGUACCGUGAACUGCAGUCCACGGUAGACAGCCAGCUAGGCGACCUGCGAGCGGAGAUCAAGAUGAAAGGGUUUGAGCUGGAGCAUCUCCGUGCGGUUAAUGGGGAAUCGACGGUGGUGUUGAAGCAGACGAAGCUGCAGAACGAAAUGCUGCAUGCGAAAGUGAAGGUGCUGACGGAGAACUACCACGCACUAGAUGCAGAGAAGAGCAAACUGGUGGCAGAGUUGCAGGCCGACGUGCAUGUGCUCAGAGAGAGAGUCCGAGAGUACGACGGAUUGGAGAAGGAUAUAGAUGAAGCAAUUGCUUAUUCUGGCGGAGGGGGAGGGGUAGGAGGAGGAGGAGGAGGAGGAGGAGGAGGAGGGGGUGGUGGUGGAGGGGGAUUCGCUGUGGAAGAGCUUGCAUAUCUUGGUAGAGGAGGGGGUGGAGGGGUAGGUGGUGGUACUCCCACAUUGACCUCACUAAGACGACGGAUACAGUACUCGCUACAGCUGGUGAAGGAGUGUGCAGGGCUGCGCAAGCAAGUCGAGGAGCUGGAACUUAGACUGCAGCGAGAUCAGAUGGAGAAGAAGGAGCUUGAUCGGGAACUGGCUAUGGCGAGACAAAGGCUGCAGCUUGCGGAUCAGCCUCAGACGUACCUCCUCUCGGCGGUUCAGCAGGCCGAAGAAGAAGUCAGUAAGGCUCGACAAGAAGGGACAAUGCUGCGGGAACAAUUGGCGAGGGUGAAUGCAGAGAGAGAGCACGUGCAAAGAUUGUUCGAGGAGAUGCGUCGGGAUAUGCAGCAGCUCCUUCAGGAGAGAAGAUCUCUCGAAGAACUGCAUCAAUUACUCUCUCGAACGGAAUUAAAGAAGAACGCUCCCUCGCCUUCUUCUUCUUCUCCUCCUCCUCCUCCUGCUGCUGCAGCUGCCGUUCCCGCAGUGAAUGCUAGCUAGCUAACCCUGAAACGAACGACUGUUUUUAUUUUUAUACUGACUCUUAUUAUAUCUUUGCUUUCCACUUUUGGAAUCACAGUA